GGUUCGCGGAGUCGGAAGGAAAAGCUGAGUAGCUUGUCCCGAUCCCUGCUGCUGGAUGUUCCCCCAGCGGUGCUCAGGGGUCUCGCGCGCCUCAGUCCCCGCCCCUUUCCUGCCCCCUGGGGAUUCUGGGAGGCGACAUCGCGGGUCUCCGGUAGCUGGGCGGGUCUCCAGAGUCCACGGACCUGGGAGGACUUUAUUCUCCAAAAGAGAAAAUUGAAGAAGGAAGGAGGAAUGGCUGUUGGACUUUGUAAAUCCAUUUUCCAGGGAUUGGUGACCUUUAGGGAUGUGGCUCUAGAUUUUUCCCAAGAAGAGUGGAAAUGGCUGGACACAUCUCAGAAGGAUUUAUACAGAGAUGUCAUGUUGGAGAACUACAGGAACUUGGUAUGCCUUGGACUAUCCAUUUCGAAGCCCAACAUGAUCUCCUUAUUGGAGCAAGGGAAGGAACCUUGGACGGUGGAGAGAGAGAUGUCAGAUGAUCAAUAUACUGACUGGGAGUCUUGGUAUGAAAUUAAGGAAUUAUCUCCAAAAUGGUACAUUGAUGAAGAGGAAAUUUCCCAGAGGAUGGUAAUGAAAAGACUUACAAGUCAUGACCUUGAAUGCUCCAAUUUCAGAGAAGCUUGGAAAUAUGAGGGUGAAUUUGAGCAGCAGCAUGAAAAUCAAGAGAGGCAUUUUAGACAAGUGACAAGUCUCAAGAAAAUUUCUUCUGUGAAAAGAGACAAUGAAUAUAAUUAUUCUGAGAGAAGUGUUCUCUUGAAGUCAGUACUUUUAACACAACAGAGAGUUUCCACAGUAGAGCAAGUACAUAAAUUUGAUAUUUAUGAUAAAAUGUUCCCCCCAAAUUCAGUCCUAAUUGAACAUAAGAGACAACAUGCUGAGAAGGAAUCUUUGAUAGGUAAUGAACGUGAAGAAUUGAACAAGAGUACACAUCUUAGUAAAGAUAUAGGAAUUCCUCCUGGGGAGAAACGUUAUGAAAGUAAUGAUUUUUCAAAUCUCUUAAGUUUUCACUCAUUACUUACUCAACAUCAAACAAGUCAUUUCGGAAAAUUACCCCAUGGAUACGAUGAAUGUGGUGAUGCCUUUAGCUGUUACUCGUUCUUUACUCAGCCUCAGAGAAUUCACAGUGGAGAGAAACCAUAUGCAUGCAAUGACUGUGGGAAAGCCUUUAGCCAUGACUUCUUUCACAGUGAACAUCAGAGAACUCACAUUGGAGAGAAACCAUAUGAAUGUAAGGAAUGCAACAAAGCUUUUAGACAGAGUGCACACCUUGCUCAGCAUCAGAGAAUCCACACUGGAGAGAAACCCUUUGCAUGUAAUGAAUGUGGGAAGGCCUUUAGCCGUUAUGCCUUCCUUGUUGAACAUCAGAGAAUUCACACAGGAGAGAAACCAUAUGAAUGUAAGGAAUGUAACAAAGCCUUCAGACAAAGCGCACAUCUUAAUCAACAUCAGAGAAUUCACACUGGAGAGAAACCCUAUGAAUGUAAUCAAUGUGGAAAAGCCUUCAGCAGACGCAUAGCCCUUACUCUGCAUCAAAGAAUUCAUACAGGAGAGAAACCCUUUAAAUGUAAUGAAUGUGGGAAGACCUUUGGCUAUCGCUCACAUCUUAAUCAACAUCAGAGAAUUCAUACUGGAGAAAAGCCCUAUGAGUGCAUCAAAUGUGGGAAGUUUUUCAGGACUGACUCACAACUUAAUCGACAUCAUAGAAUUCAUACGGGAGAGAGACCUUUUGAAUGUAGUAAAUGUGGGAAAGCCUUCAGUGAUGCUUUGGUUCUAAUUCAUCAUAAGAGAAGUCAUGCAGGAGAGAAGCCCUAUGAAUGUAACAAAUGUGGGAAGGCCUUCAGUUGUGGCUCAUACCUUAAUCAACAUCAGAGAAUUCAUACUGGGGAGAAACCUUAUGAAUGUAAUGAGUGUGGGAAGGCUUUCCAUCAGAUCUUGUCCCUUAGGCUACACCAGAGAAUUCAUGUUGGAGAAAAACCCUAUAACUGUAAUGAAUGUGGGAAUAAUUUUAGCUGUGCCUCAGCUCUUAGACGACAUCAGAAAAUUCAUAAUAGAGAAACUCUCUGAUUAUAACAAGCAUAAGAAAGAAAACAUUUAGUCACCACUCAAUCCUCAUUUAAAUAUCUGUGAAUUCUUGGUUAGUAAUUCUAUGAAUAUGGUACAUAUGGAAAAACCAUUAGUUCAUGAGCAUUCCUUACUUGAAACAGCCUGAGUAGUAGACAUCUGUUACUUUGCCUCAUUUGAGACUCACCCUCAAUGCAUAUGAUUCUGAUGAAACUAUUAAACAGGGAGAACAGUGGAUUGGUCAUAGGCUAGCCAGUCAUUUCCCUCAACCUAGGGAAUUGCAAAUGGCCUUGUCUAGACCAAUACAGCCCUGGGAAGGUGUGGGUAUUGUUAUGGGUAGUUAGAGAUUUUUUUUCCCUCUGGAAUUGCAAGUUUCAAGGAUUUAGUAGGGUUAAAAACUCACCAGCAGUUUUGUUUUGUGUUUUUUUUGUUUGUUUGGCUUGGUUGGUUGUUUUGUUUUUGCUGUUACAUGAGGAAAGCCUUCCCAAGAUAAAUCCAACACAGAAGAAAAUGGAAGUGAGAGACAGAAAUCUGAUGAAAUUGUUUGGUCUCCUAGAUCCAGUUGUGCCUGAAGUCUACACCAUCCUUUAGUUUUUCAUUUUUGUGUCCAAUAAAUUUCCUUUUUUUGCUUUA